GUGUCCGGACCAAUCGCUUCUCACCGCCCUGGAAGGGGAAGGGACGGGGCGGUGCAAGAUGGCGGCGGGGUAAAGAUGGCGGCGUGGGGGCGGCGGGUCCUGUCGGUCUCUCCUCCGGCGCUGACCGCUGUCCGAUGGGCCUCCAAGAAAUCCGGGGGCAGCUCCAAGAACCUGGGAGGCCGCAGCCCCGGGAAGCGAUACGGGGUGAAGAAAGUGGAAGGUUCAUUUGUGCACGCAGGCAACAUUCUGGCCACCCAGCGAUUGAUCCGCUGGCAUCCAGGGGCUCACGUGGGGAUGGGCCGGAACAAGACACUCUACGCCCUGGAGGAUGGGAUUGUGAGAUACACUAAGGAGGUGUACGUACCCCCACCACGCAGCAGCGAGAGCAGGGAGGUGAUCUGCGCUCUACCCAAAGGUGCAAUUCUUUAUAAAACCUUCAUCAGUGUCAUCCCUACCACAGAAGUAGGAAGUUUCAAGUUGGUCACCAUGCUCUGAGUCUCCUGUGUGACACAGGAAGGGAUGGGAGGAGGCAGCUGGGACAGACCACUGCUGCUGGACCGUUGUCUGAAGAUGACAAGGAAAUUCUUGCUCUGAAAUUAACUGUGCUUUGCUCUCUUGCUCCCAAAGCACACGUAGUUGGUGUUGAGACAUUGAAAUCAUCUGCUGGCCAUUGUAAGAAUGUUCAAUAAAUGCACUGGAGUGCUUGAGAGUCUUGACUGUUCA